AUGACUCAACAGCCAUCGAUAGUAUCAGAUAGAGUUACCUUCAAUGUCUGCGGAACUCGAUUCGAAAUACCACGGUCAUUAGUUUUAAGAUACCCAAAGUCAAAACUAGCAGCGCUCGCAGAAUCUGAUAACGAAAUUAUUCUGGAUCAUAAUCCAUUGGCAUUCAGUUGUAUACUCGAUUACCUUAGAUAUGGGAAAUUGUAUGUACCAAAUAAUGUAGCAAAAGAAGUGGUAGAGUUACAAAUCAAAGGAUUUGAAAUACCAUACAGGGAUGUCAUAGAAAAUAACGAAAUGGAGGCAGAGCUUCCGUCAUAUGAAGCUGCUCUGAGUGCAUUUCCAAGCGCUUACACGGAGGAGAGAACGUUGCUUAGAAAUACUGUUUAUGCUAAUGCUUACAGAAGAUUAAACACUCUAAUCCAGGACAUUGUUCUCCCCUACCUCAAGAGACACGCAAAACGAGGUCACCAUAGUGUGACCCUUUACUUGAUUCCUGAGACUCUCAGACCAUCUACCAUUUCAUCUGAGCUUUCCACGGAUUCUGCACAUGAAUGGAUCUCCUUGCCAGUUGCGAUGAUAACUAAUCUCGAUUCGGACGAAAUUAAUGAUAAAGCUAACGCUGACUUACCUGACCUAAUCUUCCUUCUACAGGGCAACACGUUGGGCAUCUUGCAGGAGAUGUUACUGAGCAGAAGUGGAGUCAGAGAAGUCAAAGUUAAGAGGGAGGAGAUCAGCUAUAGAACAGAGAACGAGUUCGGGUUAAUUUUUUCGAAAAGUCUAGAGAUAGUUGAAAUUCUUGUUGGGAUUGUUUAG